AAGUACCAUUAAAAUUUGAGAGUCAGCAAGCAAGAAGUGUUCCUAUGAUCUAGAAGAGCUUGCUGUCGAGGUACUAUUGAUGUUGGAUGCUUGUGAGGUUUCGAAGAUGUUGGGCUACCUGUCCUUUUUAUCAACACAGACGUGGACGCUGCUCCUGCUGUUCCUGGGACUGUUGUUGGUGUAUGGGUACUGGCCUUAUGGAGUUUUCAAGAAGUUGGGGGUCCCUGGUCCAAAACCAGUGCUAUUUUUUGGAAAUACGCUCAACUACAAAAAGGGUUUCCACUACUUUGACUUGGAGUGUUUCCAGACGUACGGGAGGAUAUGGGGAAUAUUUGAAGGUCGGCAGCCCAUGCUCUGCAUCAUGGACACAGAGUUGAUCAAAACGGUCUUGGUCAAGGAAUGCUACUCAUAUUUCACCAACAGACGGAAUCUAGGCCUGGAUGGGCCGCUGUAUGACGCCGUGUUUAAUGCCAAGGACGAUGACUGGAGAAGAAUCCGUGGUGUGCUGUCUCCAUCUUUCACCAGUGGCCGCCUGAAGGAGAUGUUUGUGAUCAUGAAAAAACACUCACGCAACCUGGUGAACAGCAUGCAGAAGGACGCAGACCUGGGCAGGCCAUCGGACACUAAAGAGUACUUUGGGGCCUAUAGUAUGGAUGUGGUGACCAGCACAGCUUUCAGUGUGGACAUCGACUCCCUCAGUAACCCCAAAGACCCCUUUGUCUCCCACGUCAAGAAAAUGGUCAAGAUAGACUUCUUGAGUCCCCACUUCCUGAUUGCAGGUUUUUUCCCCUUCAUGGCACCUAUCCUUGAGAAAAUGGGCUACACGUUUGUCUCCCCGGCUGUGACAGAUUUCUUUUUCGCCGCCCUGCAAAACAUCAGAGCUCAGAAGCAGGUCAACUCCGUCACGAAACGAGUGGACUUCUUACAACUGAUGAUCGACUCCCAGACUCGUGACAAUGACACAGGAGGUGAAAGUUACAAAGGACUGAAUGAUCAUGAAAUUUUGUCUCAGUCGAUUCUCUUCAUCUUUGCUGGCUAUGAAACCAGCAGCACAACGCUGGACUUCCUGUUCUACAAUCUGGCCACUAACCCAGACGCCCUGAAAAAGCUCCAUGAUGAGAUUGAUGAAUUCUUCCCAGACAAGGCUGAAGUCCAGUAUGAAGCCCUGAUGCAGAUGGAGUAUCUGGACUGUGUGAUAAACGAAACGCUGCGUCUGUACCCUCCUGCUGCUCGAAUCGAUAGAGUCUGCAAGAAGACCGUGGACGUCGGUGGUGUCAUCAUCCCCAAGGGAACUGUUGUCAUGGUGCCCAACUUUGCCCUUCAAAGAGACCCGAAAUUCUGGACUGACCCAGAGAGCUUCAAACCAGAGAGGUUCAAUAAGGAGAACAAGGAGAGCAUUGACCCGUACUCCUACAUGCCGUUCGGACUCGGCCCCAGGAACUGCAUCGGGAUGCGCUUUGCUCUCGUCAGCUUGAAGCUGGCCAUCGUGGAGCUGCUGCAGAGAUUCACCAUCAACACCUGUGCCGAGACGGAGAUUCCGCUGGAGUUGGAAACUGUGGGGUUUAUGGCUCCCAAAAGGCCCAUCAAGCUGCAGCUGGUUGCGCGGUCGCCUGCUGCGCAGCUGAAUCCCCGAGGGUGACCAUCCCUCCAUAUGCACUCACUAUCCAAUCAGAGCUGUCAAGCACACAAAUAUUAUCAACAUGAGAUGGAAUUGCACUUACUAGUUGUUGUUCAUAGAACAUGAGCUACAAGUUAUCAAUUAUCAUAAUAAAAUAUGUUUUUAUUUCUCUUGUGGGAUAAUAUUGUGUCGAUUUUUUAGGUACAAUAGACCUCUGAAGUUCGCCAACAAAACAGCUACCCAUAUUAAACUAUGAAGAAUGUAUUUUAACCUGA